UCUUUUAGCAGCGUCGCCCGUAAGCUGAAAAACUGGCCAGCACAAUGGGAAAAAAACAGAACAAGAAGAAAGUAGAAGAGGUCCUAGAGGAAGAGGAGGAGGAGUAUGUGGUGGAGAAGGUCCUGGAUCGGCGAGUGGUAAAGGGCAAAGUGGAAUACCUGCUGAAGUGGAAAGGCUUCUCGGACGAAGAUAACACCUGGGAGCCAGAGGAGAACCUCGACUGCCCAGACCUCAUUGCAGAGUUCCUUCAGUCUCAGAAAACCGCACAUGAGAGCGAAAAGUCCGAGGGAAGCAAGCGCAAAGCGGAGUCGGACACGGAGGACAAAGGGGAGGAGAGCAAACCAAAGAAGAAGAAGGAGGAGUCGGAGAAACCGCGAGGCUUUGCCCGAGGAUUUGAGCCAGAGCGAAUCAUUGGUGCCACGGAUUCCAGCGGGGAGCUCAUGUUCCUGAUGAAGUGGAAGAACUCGGACGAGGCCGACCUGGUCCCUGCCAAGGAAGCCAACAUCAAGUGCCCCCAGGUGGUCAUCUCGUUCUACGAGGAGAGGUUGACAUGGCAUUCCUACCCCUCAGAGGACGAUGACAAGAAAGAGGACAAGAACUAACCCCCGGCACCCCGCUCUGGCCAGCCUUUGUAUAAAGAUCUGAACUGUGGGUUUGAGCAAGAGGGAGAGAACGCAGCUCUGCUCGGUUGGGAGCGUAGAGAUGGCUGAAGAAGAUGCCCUUUGAAGAGACCAGUAUGGUUUCUGUGCCCUGCAGCUGCUCGACUGCUUUAUGCAGCUUCAUGCUGUGUACAGAUUCAAACCAGCCCGGCUCAAUCUGGGGAGGGGGGAGGGAAGGGGAGGGCAGGGGGAUACCGGGUUCGGGGAGGGGGGAUUUGGGAGGGAGGAAUCGGGGUGUUUGUUUCAAGGCUGUCUAUUUUGCAGCUUGUGGUAGAGGAAGCAAAGCCCCUUCCAUGAAGGACUAUCACUGGUGAUGGGUGGGCUGGGGAAAGGGAGUGCAGAUGGAUACUGCUUAUUCUUCAAAGACCAUCUCAGCAACCCACAGCCUUCUUCCCGAUAGUGUUAACUCUGCAUUUUUACGGCGUAGCAUGUGUGUAGGUUUUUUUGGGUUUGUUUUUGUUUUUGUUUUUUCUUUUGCUAUUUCCUGGUGUAUUGGUUCGAGGGGGCUGGGGGGGAGGGAUGUGGGGUAAUUGGUCUCUUUGUUUAAUUGGGGAGGGAGGGAGAUGAGGUCUGGUGACAAUGUUUCGGAUCAUUUC